AUGUCUGGGCCCGGCAACAAACGCGCCGCCGGCGACGGGGGCUCGGGGCCCCCCGAGAAGUUGAGCCGCGAAGAGAAGACCACAACCACACUUAUAGAACCUAUUCGUCUCGGGGGCAUCUCUUCUACGGAGGAGAUGGACCUGAAGGUUUUGCAGUUCAAGAAUAAGAAACUAGCAGAGCGGUUGGAACAGCGACAGGCUUGUGAAGAUGAACUUCGAGAACGAAUUGAGAAGCUGGAAAAACGGCAGGCCACAGAUGAUGCCACGCUCCUCAUUGUCAAUCGCUACUGGGCCCAGCUGGAUGAAACUGUGGAAACCCUUCUCCGACACCAUGAGAACCAGGGGGAGCUGUCUUCAGGGACAGAGGCGCAUGGAACCCAGGAGGGGCUGACCCGUGACGAGACCCCUCUCACAGAGCCAGGGGCAUCAGAACUGAGGGAGACCCUGCCCGUGCAGCUGCGGCCCCCACUCAGUGAGCCAGCCUUGGCCUUUGUGGUGGCACUGGGUGCCAGCAGCAAUGAGGAGGUGGAGCUGCAGCUACAGGGCCGAAUGGAGUUCUCCAAGGCCGCCGUGUCCCGUGUCGUGGAGGCCUCAGACCACCUGCAGCGCCAGGUGGAGGAACUCUGCCAGCGAGUGUACAGCAGAGGGGAUAGUGAGCCCCCUGGUGAGGCGGCUCGGGCACGCACCCGGGAGCUGGGCCGUGAGAACCGGCGACUUCAGGACUUGGCCACCCAGCUGCAGGAGAAGCACCACCGUAUCUCAUUGGAGUACUCUGAGCUCCAGGAUAAAGUGACAUCAGCAGAGACCAAAGUACUAGAGAUGGAGACGACAGUAGAGGACCUGCAGUGGGACAUUGAGAAGCUGCGCAAGCGUGAGCAAAAGCUCAAUAAGCACCUGGCAGAGGCCUUGGAGCAGCUCAACUCUGGCUACUAUGUGUCUGGGAGUUCCUCAGGCUUCCAGGGGGGCCAGAUCACACUCAACAUGCAGAAGUUUGAGAUGCUGAAUGCGGAGUUAGAGGGAAACCAGGAAUUGGCCAAUAGCCGCAUGGCAGAGCUGGAGAAGAUACAGGCUGAACUUCAGGGGGCUGUGCGGACCAAUGAGCGCCUCAAGGUGGCCCUACGUAGCCUUCCUGAAGAGGUGGUGCGGGAGACCGGGGAAUAUCGAAUGCUGCAGGCCCAGUUCUCGCUGCUUUACAACGAGUCCCUGCAAGUGAAGACCCAGCUGGAUGAGGCCCGGGGGCUGCUGCUGGCCACCAAGAACUCGCACCUGAGACACAUUGAGCACAUGGAGAGCGAUGAGUUGGGGCUGCAAAAGAAGCUGCGCACAGAGGUUAUCCAGCUGGAGGACACACUGGCCCAGGUACGCAAGGAGUACGAGAUGCUGCGCAUCGAGUUUGAACAGAACCUGGCGGCCAACGAGCAGGCGGGGCCCAUCAACCGUGAGAUGCGCCACCUGAUCAGCAGUCUCCAAAACCACAACCACCAGCUAAAGGGGGAUGCCCAGCGAUACAAGCGGAAGCUGCGGGAAGUGCAGGCUGAGAUCGGCAAGCUCCGGGCCCAGGCCAGUGGCUCUGCGCACUCUAUCCCCAACCUGGGCCACUCGGAGGACUCGGGCCUUAGCGCCCCAGCUGUAGGGAAAGAGGAGGGCGGGCCAGGCCCUGUUGGACCCCAUGAGACCAGAAAGGAAGUCGCUCCAAUGCCUGUUGCCACCAUGACUACCUCUUCAGCAAAGAAGGAGGAACCGGUCCCCUCUGAGGAAGAUGCCCAGGCCUUAACCCCUGGGCCCCAGGGCCCCUCUUCCCGGGGCCGAGAACCUGAGGCCAGACCCAAGCGCGAGCUUCGGGAGCGGGAAGGGCCUGGCUUGGGAGCCCAGCCUAUAGCCUCAGCACUGGCAAGAGCCGAUCGGGAGAAGGCCAAGGUGGAGGAGGCGAAGAGGAAGGAGCCAGAGCUCCUGAAAGGUCUCCGAGCAGAGCUCAAGAAGGCCCAGGAGAGCCAGAAGGAGAUGAAGCUGCUGCUGGAUAUGUACAAGUCGGCACCCAAGGAGCAGCGGGAUAAGGUGCAGCUCAUGGCGGCUGAACGCAAGGCCAAGGCCGAGGUGGAUGAACUACGGAGUCGUAUCCGGGAACUGGAGGAGAGGGAUCGAAGGGAGAGCAAGAAGAUUGCGGACGAGGAUGCCCUGAGGCGAAUUCGGCAGGCCGAGGAGCAGAUCGAACACCUGCAGCGCAAGUUGGGUGCCACCAAGCAGGAGGAGGAGGCUUUGCUGUCGGAGAUGGAUGUGACAGGGCAGGCUUUUGAGGACAUGCAGGAGCAAAAUGGGCGGCUGCUGCAGCAGUUGCGGGAAAAGGACGAUGCCAACUUUAAGCUGAUGUCGGAGCGGAUCAAGGCCAACCAGAUUCACAAGCUGCUGCGGGAGGAGAAGGAUGAGCUGGGUGAGCAGGUUCUUGGCCUCAAGUCUCAGGUGGAUGCCCAGCUGCUGACUGUGCAGAAGCUGGAGGAGAAAGAGCGGGCCUUGCAGGGCAGCCUUGGCGGUGUGGAGAAGGAGCUGACGCUGCGCAGCCAGGCCCUGGAGCUCAAUAAGAGGAAGGCUGUGGAAGCAGCCCAGCUGGCUGAGGACCUGAAGGUACAGCUGGAGCAUGUGCAGACGCGGCUGCGAGAGAUUCAGCCUUGCUUGGCAGAAAGCCGGGCUGCUCGAGAGAAAGAGAGCUUCAACCUCAAGAGGGCUCAGGAGGACAUCUCACGACUGCGGCGCAAGCUGGAGAAGCAGAGGAAGGUGGAGGUUUAUGCAGAUGCUGAUGAAAUCCUGCAGGAGGAGAUCAAGGAGUACAAGGCACGGCUGACCUGCCCCUGCUGUAACACCCGCAAGAAGGAUGCAGUCCUUACCAAGUGCUUCCACGUUUUCUGCUUCGAGUGCGUGCGGGGCCGCUAUGAGGCCCGUCAGAGGAAGUGUCCCAAGUGCAACGCAGCCUUUGGUGCCCAUGACUUCCACCGAGUCUACAUCAGCUGA